AUGCGCCCAUCAGAACUCGCACUCGAGCCCCCCUCCGCGGAUGUCCCUUCCCCUCCCGCCUUCUUCCCCCCCAUGAGCCCCGAAACCAUCCCCCUCGGCCUUUCCUCCCUCCGCUCGCUCUCCGCACUUUCUGCCACCCCACUAUGGCCUCCUCCGCCAAUUGCGGAAUGGCCUCGAGCCGCCGCGGAUCACGCCCCGCGAAUCGCGGCCGCGGCAGCGGAUGUCGCAGAUAGGCUGCUGAGUACAGUGCCGCCGCUGCUGACACACGCGCUGACGUCAGCGGCGGGAGGAGUGCACCGGUACCUGCAGCGGUUCAGCGUGUAUGUGAUUAUAGCGAAUGCAACUCGGCCCGUGCUGAGGCCUGCUGUGGAUAAGGCGCAAGAGAUGCUCGAUAAGAUCCCCCCCAUGAGCACCAUUCCCGGGCGCCUGGUAUGGCUAGCAAUACUGCUGCUGCUGGCGUGGGCGGCAUGCGCGCUGCCCUCGCUGCUCUCCACGCUCCACGACCCCCAGUACUACUCCGCCUCGCCCUUCCCCCGCCGCAUCCCCGUGCUGGGCGACGGGGGCUCCGCUCCUGUGUUCUCUGAUGCUGGUUUCAAUGUGGAGGCUGCUGCCAAGAUGUGGGAGGCCAAGGUGGGCUGUGCGCGCUUCAGGUGGAAGCACAGGGACCUGCUCAAGAAGUACUCUCACUCCUCCGCCUUCCCCAAAAGUUCCAGUCUUCAGGAUCCAAACAGGGUGGCGUGUCGGCGAAUGCAGCUGCGCCACGUCACCAUUCUGCUGCCACCUGGCGCUGAGUCAUGGAUGUGGCCGCACAAGCUGGAGGGCUUCUACCACUGCCCCCGCUGCGGCAUCACCUGCCAGAUCUCCUGGUCGCCCCUCAUGGCCCUGCAGGCAGACGCCACGCUGCACGUGUGGCCCGCAGACCCACCUGCCGACAGAGCCAGAGGGCAGCCGCUGCGAGUGUAUCUGAACCUGGAGUCGUGGGGGCUGCAGGAGAAGCGCCGCCUGUUCGACGUGGGCGUGUCGCCCUUCGGCAGCAGCGACGUGCAGCUCACCUACUCGGGCGUGCACCACACGCUCGAGACCGGCAGAAGACAGUUCUUCUCCAAGAUCAAGCGCCAGGACGUGCCUCUGUACCGCGCAUCGUCGCACUGCCAGUACGAGUGGCGCGAGGGGCUGGUGAGGGACGUGUUCGCCCUGGUGCCGCACCACAGCUUUGGGCACUGCGACAACAACAUGAACGGCAGCGAUGCUGAGCUGCUGCUCUACCCUGCAUGCUCCCACCCAGUGAUAAGCGUACUGAAGCAGGAGAUAUCAGCAUGUGCCAUGUCGCACUACAAGUUCAUCCUCAGCACCGAGAACACACGUGUGCCGGGCUACGUCACAGAGAAGGCCCUCGAGCCCCUGGAGGCGGGCACAGUGCCCGUGUACUAUGGUGCACCUGACAUCCACCAGUUCAUGCCGCCUGAGUCGUUCAUAGAUGGCAGCAAAUACACGGCCGCCCAGCUCGCCACGCUGAUUGCCGCGCUCAGUAAUGACCCAGCUGACAUCCACCAGUUCAUGUUGCCCGAGCCGUUCAUCAAUGGCUCCAAGCACUCUGCUGCGCACCUCGCCACACUCAUCACUGCGCACUCACCAACGACCCAGUGA